GGCGCACGUUCGCUUUGAAGCGACAAGUACGUGAAGUGCCAAUCGCAGCGCGUUCAUAAUGGUUCUACAGUGCAAUGUAGCGGGGGCUGAUUCUACAGACAUGGUGGCGAAGGCGGACGAAUCAUGCACCGAGAACGGGAAACAAAACAAGACUCCACUGCAGCCGGCGGCGUCCUUCUCCUGGCUUCCGGCCUGCGUGAACCGCAAAUUGCUGCCAUUCAAGUUGCACUACUUUCUCUUCAUCGCAGGAGAGGCUGGCGUCUCACCGUACAUCGCCGUCGUGGGACGACGAAAUGGUAUAGGCCCCGCAACAAUGGCGGUCAUCUUCACCGUCAUGCCACUCGCAGCCGUCGUUUUCAAGCCCGUGUGCGGUUUCAUCAUCGACCGAACUCGAAACAUCACUGCCGUCAUCCUCGUUUUGCAGGUUCUGUGCACCCUAUUUUACGGCAUCGCUUUCUUCUGCCCCAGUGCCAUAUCUGAUGGCUUAAUAUACAAGGGCAAUCUGAGUUGCUCAUUGGAAGUGUUCAAUGUCACCGGUGCUUCGGGGUCGCAACAGUGUUCUGCCAGUGGCAGUGAUUCCAUAUUUUGUGUAUUGUCUUCGGAGAAACACGUAUGGGAAGGGGUCAGCGCUCGCCUGACUACCGACAACAAUAUAGUGCUAGCCAACGCGUCCGAACCCUGUCAGACCCUUCUUAAGUAUAACCUCCUAUCCAACGACUCCCUCGCCGUUCCGGGCGAGAUGAAGUGUUCUUGCGACGCUGCAUUGUACAAUAACACAAACUUCUGGGUCUACACCGUGUCCGCUAUUCUCGGCUUCGCGUUGGCAGCAGCGCUGAACAACGUUGGUGACGCCGCCGUGAGCAACGCACUGGGCUCAGACAUCGAAGUAUUUGGUCGACAACGCCUUUUCGGCACUCUUAGCUACGGCAUUGCGUCGCCGCUGAUAGGGUACCUGGUGGACGUAGCCAGCAGGGAAAGCUCAGUCACCGAUUACAGGCCGGGCUUCUAUGUAUUCGCCGGUGCCAUGCUUCUGGAUAUGAUCCUUAUCCUUGCAGUGCCUAGGAUGCGCGUCGGCGAAGUCUCCGUCAACUUCUUCAAGGACAUCGGGGUUCUCUUGUCAAGCCCUGAGAUCCUGCUCUUCACGUUGUUCACAUUCCUGGCGGGAUCUAUGAUGGGGCUUCUCAACGCUUUCGAGACGUGGUUCCUGGAGGACUUAGGAACACCCACGUACCUCAUAGGCCUAACCAAGACAGUCCAGUGCUUCGGCGCGGAGCCCGUGCUGUUCUUUCUCUCUACGUACAUACUCAAGAAGAUCGGAUACUUCUACUCCUACUCAAUCGCGUUCCUUCUGUUCGCCUGCAAGGCCCUUGGUUAUUCGUUCCUGCGGAACGUCUGGGGCUCGCUUGCCGUGAACAUCGUCGGGGGAGCCAUUUUCCCGAUGGUGUACGCCGCUAUGGCAGUGUUUGCCAAGAAGAAGGCAAGACCCGGAACAGCCGCCUCCAUGGUCUGCAUCCUCGGAGCCAACUACGAUGGUCUCGGUUCGGCAGCAGGCAGCUUGGUAGGCGGCCUCAGCAUCGAUAAGAUCGGAGCGGGCCAGACCUUCCGCUACUUUGGUUUCUCAUCAGUGGCAGCGGCGUUUCUCAGUUCGAUGUGCUACUUUCUGCUGCGCUGCACAGCUGCACACGAAUACGAUGUUACAACCGAGAAGCCCGAUGCAUCCACUCCUGCAGAAAACUGAUACCGCCCACAUUUCGCCAAAGUCCGAAUGCGAAAUACUCGUGAAAAGCCCGGCCAGCAAGUAGAGAUGGGACAGAUCCUCGAUGUGCGGUUGCAAGGCUUACCUGGCGGGUUAACCUCAAAGCGUCACAUGUACACAUGUCCACAAGGCACUUUGCACGUAGCCAGAUCCGUGGAACAUAUGGCUAGAAAUGCUGCGAUACAUGAAAAAAAAAGACAGAAAAAGUCGCAGUUUCGCCCAAUAGGCGAAGCAUCGAUUGCGAUAGCAAAUGAGUAGACAGCUUUACGAAGUAAUGAUAGCAGUCUUAUCGGCUGUAUAAACUUGUGAACAUUCGCUUACUAACUAAACAAACAAGCAUGGUGUCACGCGUGCUCAGGUAAACAUUAACAAAGCUUACUCGAUAACCGCGCACACCCGCUGUCAAAACGCUGCAAUGAGAAAGCGCUGCGGUAGCAGCGAGCGAUUUGAUCUUCGUGCUGCCGGUCGUUUUAACGCAAUCUAAGCGGUGAGAACACAAUGCACACGAAGCUAUCAGCACUCGGUGCACUCUGUCCCCAUCGCAGUUCGCUUUUAAGAUAGGGUGAGCGCGGUCGUACGCAGCCGCCGCCGGAGUUGCGCUUGCAGUGUCUAUAUAAUUGA